AUGACGUCUGUGAAUAAACACAAGCCGUGGAUUGAGACAUCAUACCAUGGGGUGAUCACUGAGAACACUGACGUGGUUCUGCUGGAUCCUCCUCUGGUGGCCCUGGACAAAGACGCCCCCGUCCCCUACGCAGGGGAGAUCUGUGCGUUCAACAUCCACGGGCUGGAGGCUCCGUUCGAGGCGGUGGUGCUGAACGGUACGUCUGGCGAGGGCCAGCUGAGGGCCCGCGGACUGGUGGACUGCGAGCUGCAGAAGGAAUACACCUUCAUAAUCCAGGCUCACGACUGCGGCUCUGGCCCCCGGGGCACGGAGGUCAAGAAGUCCCACAAGGCGGUGGUGCACAUUCAGGUCAACGAUGUGAAUGAGUUUGCCCCGGUGUUUCGGGAGCCCCAGUACCGAGCUGCAGUGACAGAGGGCAAGAUUUACGACAGCAUCCUGCAAGUGGAGGCCACUGACCAGGACUGCUCCCCACAGUACAGUCAGAUCUGUAACUACCAGAUCUCCACCACCAACACACCUUUCGCUAUAGAUCGCAAUGGUAACAUCCGGAACACGGAGAAGCUGAGCUACGACCGGCAGCAGCAGUACGAGAUCCAGGUGACGGCCUGGGACUGCGGCCAGAAGAGAGCCUUGCAUAGCGUCCCCGUCCGCAUCGACGUCAAGCCUGUCUGCAAACCUGGCUGGCAAGAUUGGAAUAAGCGAGUGGACUAUGAGCCAGGAACAGGAAGUAAGCAGCUGUUUCCUAAAAUGCACCUGGAGACCUGUGGCGGGCCGCUGUCGUCGGUGAGGACUACAGUGGAGCUGCAGACCAGUCACAUCGGGAAAGGCUGCGACCGCGAGACCUACUCUGAGAAGUCUCUCCAGAAACUCUGUGGGGCCUCCUCGGGCAGCACUGACCUUCUGCCUGCCCCCAGCGCUGCCACCAACUGGACGGCUUCCCUUGUGACCGACAGUGGCAGGGACAGUGACUUGAUCUUCAGGUUUGACGGUCAUCAGGCCGCUAAGAUCCCGGACUGGGUGGUACCCCAGAAUCUGACGGACCAGUUCACCAUCGCAACCUGGAUGAAGCACGGACCCAGUCCUGGGCUCCGAGCUGAGAAGGAGACUCUACUCUGUAACUCCGACAAGACUGAGAUGAACCGUCAUCACUACUCGCUGUAUGUCCAUAACUGCCGCCUGGUGUUUCUGCUGAGGAGAGACUUCACCCAGGUGGACACCUUCAGACCGGCCGAGUUCCACUGGAAGCUGGAGCAGAUCUGUGACAAGGAGUGGCAUUACUACGUCAUCAACGUGGAGUUCCCGGUUGUGACGCUCUAUGUGGACGGAGUGACCUACGACCCCUACCUGGUGACUGACGACUGGCCCAUCCACCCCUCACAGAUUGACGUGCAGCUCACAGUCGGCGCCUGCUGGCAAGGUGGGGAGGUGACGAAGCCGUGGUUCACUCAGUACUUCCGGGGCAGCCUGUCUGGACUGACCAUCCGACCGGGGAAGAUCGAGAGUCAGAAAGUCAUUUCCUGUCUGCAGGCGUGCAAAGAGGGACUGGACAUCAACUCCCUGGAGAGUCUGGAUAAGAGCUUAAAGUUCCACUUUAACCCGGCCCAGUCUAUCUUGGUAAUGGAGGGAGAGGACUUGGAAAACAUGAACAGCGCUGUGAGGAAAGUUGCCUACAUAAACUCUCGUCAGUUUCCCACACCAGGCAUCCGACGUCUGCACAUCUCCACUGCCGUCCAGUGUUUUGGAGAAGACACUUGCAUCACCAUCCCAGACAUCGACGCGGUGGUGAUGGUGCUGCAGCCCAGUGAGCCCCGGAUAACCAUCACCGGAGUGGAGAGACUGAACCGGCCGGCCUCUGACCUCCGAGCGACAGGAGGCACAGCUCUGUUCCAGGACCUCCACAUCAUCAGCACAGUCACCAGGGCAGACGCCACUGCACAUCACACAGCAGGUCACCCCGGGGUGCUGGAGGAGAUCAUUCAUAACUUGGACUACUGUGAUGUGCUGGUGUUGGGAGACGAGCUGAGGCCCGAGGAGGAGUCCCUUCAACUGCAGAGAAGCACUCUGCUCGGAAAACACCUCGACGCCACUAACUCCACCUCUGGCAUGUCCAUAUAUGGUGUGGACUCCAUGUCCAACUAUGAACAGGUGAUCCGACAGGUGCGCUACUAUAACUGGCGGCCCGGACAGCUGACGGAGAGGAGGUUCCGCCUCACCUGCUCGGAGCUCAACGGACGCUACACCAGCAAUGAGUUCAACCUGGAGGUGAGCGUGCUGCACAGUUCAGACGCGGGGGCGCAUGUCAAUCACAUGGUCGCCCCGCCUCAGUACAUGCAGGUGAUCCACCAUCCCUCCAUGAUCCAUGACCUGUACCCCGGCCACAGCUCAGCCGUGCCAAGCGCCGCCACCGUGGUCAUUGUGAUGUGCAUCGCGGCUCUGGUGGUGGUGGUGGUGCUGGGCAUCUAUCGCCUCCACCUGACCCACCAGCAGGAGGUCAAGCUGGCAGAGACGGCUAAAGAGGCGGACGGGAGCUGGGACGACUCGGCUCUGACCAUCACGGUCAACCCGAUGGAGAACCUGCAGGAGCCCCAGGCUGCAGAGGAGGAGGCCAGCGAGGAAGAGGAGGAGGAGGAGGAGGAGGAGGAGGAUGAAGAGGAGGAGGAUGACAUCACCAGCGCUGAGUCAGACGACAGCGAGGAGGAAGUGGACGUCCAGCUACCCAGGAUGCAACGCCCGAGCAAGAAGGGACAAAACUGGGACAAAACAACGAUAUCUUAUUGAAACACACACUCACAGUCACUCACACACACACACAUUCUGCAACACGUGCAUACUGAAACCUCCGAUCAGAGGGUUGAAACAAAAAGACUUGAUGUGAUGCUGAUGCUCUAAGUGAGGUAAUAUCGCCCCCUACUGGAAGACCGCUGAAACACAAACAGUGCAAUGAUUUAACUUUAGCCUCCCGUUUUAUACAGCCGAUAAGAAAUAAUACGACUUUCAUCCGUCUUAAAGGGACAGCUCGCCAAAUUAAGCAGCUGCUCCUCGAGUUAUCUCUCUCCCAUCGCAGUGUACACACCACAACUACGAUCUUAAGUUAAAGUUUGAACCUCACGUUGUGGAGGAACCCUGCACCAUGCAUCCAGCUCCACGUCCCACUCUGAGAUCUCUGAUGUCCCAAUGCAAAACAGUCUUUAUUUAAGGAAGUAAAGAAUGUGACUAUUUUUCUUUGUAUACUCCAUGUUAAUGAUCAGUCUUUAUUCUAGCCCACGUGGCAAAGCCAGGUGAUUUUACAGAAAUAGCAUAUUUUCAAUGGUACUCAAAAAAAACCUAAAAAACACGAUCUGUGUGUCGUCAUGGUGAACUAGCAAAGGUGUCCGAGUUCUGGGGUUUUGGGAAAGACGGAGGAGUCUCCUUGUACAUUUUUAUACACUCCUUUCUUGUAAAUAUUGAGUAUAGUAGGUGAACCCCACCCCCGACCCUCCCACCCCACUCCCCAACACCUUUCUCCCCCCAGAAACCCUCCUGUCCACCUGUAAACAGCACACAUGCCACCUCGUCACAUGUAUGUACCCUGAGCCCUGACCCCUCCGUCCUCUCUGUGUGUUUCUACAUCAUUCCAGCUGACCCGCCAGUUGGCUUUGUUAGGGUGGAUGUGCCCCCGCCUCACUUAAAGCUGCACUGGGCAAGAUGUUCACCCAAAUCACACAGCAGGGACGCGUGCGAGAAGAGAGUCCCGUCCGCGAUGAGAUCUUAAGUCUCAGGCGUGGUCGCAGCAGCGAGGACCCGAACACGGAGAGCUCGCUGACAGGAAGCCGCACUAAUAACAGAACCAUCUCCUCCGAGGCGUUAAUGCUGCACUAACGCUGAGCAGUUACAACGUUCUGCAAGGAAACUUAAACGUUGGAAUUUAAAGAAGUCAAUAGAUGCAAAAAUCAACAUUAAACCCUGACGGACUUUUAAAGGCCAAAAUCGUUAUUUAAUAAAUGUGAUAAUUCUAUACGUUUGUGCUUUUAAUAUAAAAAUAUUGCAUAAAUGUUUUUUUAGAAGGAUCGUUUAAAUGUACUUAAAUGUAAUAAAGAAUAUUAUAGAAUAUAUACUGUGUGGUUAAACUUCUAAACACUAUGAACAACAACAGAUAUGAAGAUAAGAAUAAUAAGGCUCAAAUAUAUUUAUUUUAUUAUUUAAUAGAAACUAUAAUAAAUUAACAUUAAAGCUUAAAUAAAUAUAUAAAUAUAUGAAUCAGCUGGCCCGAAACACAACUCCAGAGCAUGCACUUUAAUUAGAAGCUGCCACAGCAUCACUGUUAUGUGCACUGUUUGUAGUUAUAUACUGUAUGUAGCUAGCUAAUGUUGCAUUAGCUAGCUACAUACAGGAUAUAUAUAUA